CAUUAUUGAUUCUUUGUAUAGUACCAUAUAUGUUUGCAUGUAUGUAUGUAUGGAUUCUUGCGUAUGAUUUCCUCUUCCCCGCUUUGACUGUCUUUUCGCCUUUAGUUGUAUACGUAAGUAGUGUAUGUUGUAGAGUCGUGGGUUGUUGUCUUUCUCAGGGGUUGGAUGAAGAUGAAACUUGUUUAGCUUCAUCAUUUUAGGUGCCUUUCAUCUAUGAUUUUUUCUAGUAGAGUAAUACGAGCUUAUUAUGCUUGGUUGAUUGCUGGGGAAAGGGAAGGGAAUCAGGAAAGAGUUUUAAUGUCAUGGUCACUUUAGGAGUUUUAAUAAAUGCUACAGUAAGCAAAUUAUUAAAGAAAAAGAAAGUAACAGUUAGCAAACAGGUCAGGAAUCACCAUACCUAGGACAAAUCAUCAUAUAUACAGCCCAGUACACGUUUCUUUUUUCUCAACAUAGUUGUUCUCAGCUUUCCAUGCAAAGAUUUUUGUCUCUAGAGGUUCAUCAUCUUAUUUACCGACCACAAAAAUCAGAAUCAGAUGCAUGUAGUUGGGUAGUCUAAUUGGUGUUUUCGAUUUGAAGUUAAAGCUCUAAUCACGUUGUCCUCUAUCUCACUGUAGUCUCGGUUGAUCCUAAUUGUGACGCAUAAAUUUAUUUGCAUAUAUCUCCUGAUUUUUUUUUUAAAAAAAUAUUUCCUAGCACAUCACCCCCACUGGUUUAGUAAUUAAGUAAAUGAGAAGUUAUAUUCCAGUUGAACUUAUAGUAUUUAUUGCAUGUAGUUGUUUUAAUUAUUAAAUUCAAACGUGAUAGUUUUUAUUGUUAUCUUCCCAAAUGUAACGGGGGCAAAAACGAAAGUUUAUACAUGUGCUGACAAAGGAGUCGUCAACGGAUCAAUCAAAGUUGGAUUUGCCAACAUUUCAAAAACCGUUGAAAUUGGGGCGUGCAAUGAAUUCACACAAUACACCUUGUCGGUAACGAGGAUAGAGCUGGAGAGGAAGAUGGAGAGGGUCACGAAAACCGUGUCGUUUCAACCAGGAGGAUUACGUGGGAGGCCUGAACUUACGCUGACUUCGCCAACUGAUCCCCCUGAAAAUCUGAACUGCAUACUUCGUGACUCUUCGUAAAUCUCUCCUUCAUAUAUGUUCAACCGUGCUUCUUGCUUCAAUCAUUGAAACAUUUCCUUGGGGAGUCUGCACGUGGCAUUGCAUGAGACCAAGAAGAAAGUCCAUUGAGGAGAGGAAGAAGAGAACAGAAACACCUUCUCAAACGUCUGCUUUAUUCAUAUAUCCAUCACUUCUUUGCUGAUCUCCCCAAAAAUAGUUGAAAUUUGAUAAGAAGAUGGCACUUUUGGAUCUCUUCAUCGCCUCUUCAAUUCCGGUCUUGAAAGUCUUGCUGAUAACUGGACUUGGCUUCUAUCUUGCUCUUGACUCUGUCGAUGUCUUGGGAGAAGACGCCAGGAAACAUUUAAAUAAUGUCGUGUUUUUUGUCUUCAAUCCAGCCUUGGUAGCCAGCAACCUUGCUCAAACAAUAACAUAUGAAAGCAUGGUCAAAUUGUGGUUCAUGCCAUUCAAUAUUCUCAUCACCUUCAUCAUUGGUUCCUUACUCGGCUGGAUAGUUCUUCAGAUCACAAGACCUCCCCCCAAUCUUCGUGGUCUUAUUUUGGGUUGCUGUGCUGCCGGGAAUUUGGGGAACCUGCCUCUAGUCAUAAUCCCAGCUAUCUGUAAGGAACAAGGAAGCCCAUUUGGAUCUCCUGAGGCUUGCCGUACAUAUGGUUUGGCUUAUGUUUCACUUUCAAUGGCAGUUGGAGCCAUUUAUCUGUGGUCUUAUGUCUACAAUCUUGUUCGUGUAUCAUCGGUUCCGAGUGUGAAAGAAACAGAGAUAAACGACUCCUCUGUUCAAAAAUCUCCAAGAGAAACCUCCACAUCAGAUAAGGCUCAAGUCACUGAGCCCCUACUUUCUUCUAAGGAAUUUUUAGCUUCUGGAGACCAUCAAGAUCAGUAUACACUUCCCUGCACCAGAUAUGAUGGCAGAACUGAGGUGACAGCUUCAAGUAAAAUCAAGCAAAAACUAAAGUCAGUCAUGGACAACAUUAAUUUCAAAUUGUUAUUUGCUCCUUCAACCACCGCCGCAAUUGUCGGGUUCGCAAUUGGGCUGAUUCCUCUAGUUCGAAAAGCAAUGAUUGGUGAUAGUGCUCCUUUGCGUGUAAUCCAAGACUCUAUUUCCUUGGUGGGAGAUGGAGCCAUCCCUGCUCUCACCCUCAUAGUAGGAGGAAACCUUGUAAGAGGUUUGCGAGGGUCAGGAAUUCGGAUGUCAAUCGUUGUUGGCAUUGUGAUUGCUCGCUAUGUUGCUCUGCCUACCAUUGGUGUUUUUGUCAUUUGGGGGGCACAACGUGUUGGGUUUUUGGAUAAUGAUCCUCUCUAUACAUUUGUUCUGCUGAUUCAAUAUGCAGUACCACCUGCUAUGAACAUAGGUGUGAUCACUCAAUUAUUUGGCGCAGGGGAGAGUGAAUGCUCUGUUAUCAUGUUAUGGACCUAUGCAUUAGCCUCAAUUGCACUUACUAUUUGGUCCACUUUUUUCAUGUGGCUUGUCGCUUGAUUUCUCCACAAGUCAUCAAAAAGUCUAGCAAUGAUGAUCAACAUCUCUAGCUUGUAGGAUGUUUGUAAUCUUAAUCUAUGACAAGGAAAAGCAUCAACUAAGUGGUGGUAGGUAGUUGAAAAAUUGUAACAAAUUGCAGUACAAAAUGUCUAUAUCUUGGAGGAUUGUUGUCAUCCUUUAAGCAAAUUUUGAUCUGAACAGACAUAUCAGCAAAGUCUUUCCCAUGUUUACAAGAA